AUCUCUCGUCCCCUGUGACAUUAAGAUCAAGUUCGAUAUCGGUGUUUACAUGGCGAGGGAGACUUACGUAGCUUUACGAGAGCGACUUUACGAGCCCAGUCAGCCACGGAUAAGGCUCAGACUCAGCCCAGUCCACGGAUAAGGCUCAGACUCAGCACAGUUCACGAUGCCAUUUCAAGUAGCCGGAUCUGCCGAGGUCCUGAGGGCAACACAAAAGGAUGACAGUUUCCUUGACUAUUUGAAGAGCUGCAUGUCAGAAAUUGUACAAAGAACACUUGGAACAAGAACAUGGCUUGAUGUCCACAAAAAUGCAGAAGUCAUCAGUGAGUUUGUGUACUACGGGCUCACCACCCUGUGCCUCCGCCAGACUCUUGGAGAAGAGUACACGGGCAUCUUGCAAGUGGACUCCAGUAGGAGAAAGCUACCAAGUCUACUUCAACGAAUUAAUAUGGUGAUGCUGCAGUGCUUUGGGCCAGAGAUCAUCAGGAGAUUGCUGUCAAGAUUUGAGAACUUAGUCAAAUCAGGAAGUCUCUCAACGUAUCUACGACCAGAGCUCAAGGACUUUUUGUUGAAGCAAAUACCAGUUCUGAGAUAUUCGGUCACCAUACUGCACCGCAUUCACCUAGCCACAUUUUAUUUCAGUGGGACCUUUUACCACAUAUCCAAGAGGAUUACUGGAAUAAAUUAUGUGUUGACCCGUGAAUGGUUUGGCGACAGCUCUGCAAAAAAGUCCUUCAAGCUUCUGGGGAUAGUCCUGCUCACGCACAUCUUUUUGACGCUGGCAUAUUCAUCUUACACACAUUUUCUUGUCAAAUCUCCACCAGAAAGUACACAGCCAUCAAAGAAAUACUACAUAGAACACACAAAGCAGUGUUCACUCUGCCUGGAUGAGAGACAGCAUUCUUCCAUCACUCCUUGCGGGCACUUGUUUUGCUGGCAGUGCAUUCAGGAAUGUUUACAAAGUAGUCAGCAGUGUCCCCUAUGCAGACACCCAGCACUUCCUUCCCAAGUUGUUCCACUUCUAAACUAUGAUUAA